CCCGCUCCGCCGCCCCGCUCCGCUCCCCGCCGCCGCCUCUCCGGUUCUGUCCCCACGCUGUCACCUCCGGCCACCGGCGAUGUCGCUCACCGCGGUUUUCCUCCUCCUGAGCCUCCUGGGGAUGGCUGUCGCCCAGGGCCAGCUGUGCCCGGCCUGCGGGGUGGCCGCGCUGGCCCCCGGCGCUCGGCGGGACGCGCUGCUGGCUCUGGCCAAGCAGAGCAUCCUGGCCAAGCUCCGGUUACCGGGCAGGCCGGGCGUGCCGCGGCCGCCGGACCGGGGCUCGCUGCUGACGGCGCUGCGCAGGAUGCGGGCACAGCGCUCGGACGGGACCGACACCCCCGGGAUGCUCCGGGACGGAGCCGGUACCCCCGGGAUGCUCCGGGAUGGGGCCGGUACCCCCAGGAUGCUCCGGGACGGAGCCGGUACCCCCGGGAUGCUCCGGGACGGCCGCGGGACGGGGCUGCAGGAAUACGAGCUGCUGAGUUUCGCGGAGCCAGGACCCUCCGCUUCCCGCAGCGUCCGGCUGCAUUUCCGCUUCUCCCAGGAGGUGGCCGGCAGCACUGAGAUCCAGCAGGCCACUCUGCACCUGUUCUGGGCACCCCCUGGGCACGGGGCACAGCCUGUCACCGUCAGGCUCCUGCAGCCACACCCGGCAGGGCCAAACCUGACCGUGACCAGCGAGACGCGGCUGCAGGUGCAGAAACGCGGCUGGGCCACGCUGGACGUGGGAGCCGCAGUCCAGAACCUCUUCAGACAGGACACCCCACGGCUCACAGUGGAGCUGGAGGUGCCGGAGGCCUGGGGGUCCCCUCUGCCGUCCCACCACGGCGAUUCCCACUGGCCGUUCGUGGUGGCCCGAGCCCAGGCCAGGACACGCCACCGCGUCCAGCGGCGCGGCGUCGAGUGCGGCGCGGAGUCGCGCACGUGCUGCCGCCGGGAAUUCUUCGUGGACUUCAAGGAGAUCGGCUGGGAGGAUUGGAUCAUCCAGCCCGAGGGCUACCACAUGAAUUACUGCUCGGGGCCGUGCCCGCUGCACAUGGCCGGCAUCCCCGGCCUCGCCGCCUCCUUCCACACCGCCGUGCUCAACCGCAUCAAGGCGGCGAGCGCCGCGGCCGCCGUGGAUUCCUGCUGCGUCCCCACCCAGCGCCGGCCCCUCUCCCUGCUCUACUACGAUCGCGACAGCAACAUCGUCAAGACCGACAUCCCCGACAUGAUCGUGGAUUCCUGCGGCUGCACCUGAGCGCGGCCGGCGCGGGUGGGAGGGCAGGACGCGGCGGGACGGGGCUCCCCCUUCCCGGCUGGGAGGGAGGAGCUCUGCCCGGGGGGGUUCUCCUCCCGCGGGUGAAGCGUCAAGGGUGAUGCUGAAUGUGUGAAUCCCCUCCUCUUUCACCUCCCGCACGGAUCUGCCCAUGGGUUCCUCUCAGAGCCCCUCAGAUCGGCUCUUGAUGGAGUCCAGAUAGACAGAUGGACUGAUGGAUCCUGCAGAGCCCACAUCAGGGACAGUCCCUCUGCCAUCCUGGUGUGCCC